AAUUUUAUAUUUAGGAAGAAGAAGCUAUGAAAUCAUGUUGCAGAGUCAUAAUGAUAAGUGGUUGGAAAAUCAAAAAGAUUUAUUUAACAGUAUCGCGAACAAACAGAUGGAAUUCCAAAAAGAAAUGUUUCAUAACGAAAUGAUGGAGCAAAGGAAAUGGGAACAAGAGGAAUUAACAAAGGAGCGAGAAUUUCAAAGAGAGCAAACAAGCAUGAUUCUGGAUGCAUUUACUAAAAGUCUGCAAAGUACAGUCAGACCACAAAUAUCUGCUCGUUCCACACAAAGUACCUUGAAGCCAUUAACACUUAUUCCGUUUAAUCUUGCAGGACAUUCUUCUACUUUUGCAACUAUCCAAUCUCCUUUGACAGAAAGUAAGGAACCAAAUACGAAAGUACACAAGUUUAAUUAUGAAACGCAGUAAUUGAAUUUGAUUGAUAUUAAGACUUAGCGCCGUUUGACACAUUUAAGAUUAGAGAUUAGUUACAGUUAGAAGUUAUUGUGUUCAUAACUUUUUUAACUUUGUUUUUUCAUUUAUAUGAAGAUAUAUAUAAU